AUGUCUGGCCUCCGUUUUGCGAUCCUGUUGGCGCUGCUGGCCGUGGCUGUUCGGACCACCUCGGCAUCGGCCCCCUGGAGGGCCUUCUUCUGCCCCGCCAGCUGCCCCCACUGCUUCUACGGCUUCGACUACCAGACCUGCUUUUCAAAGGACGGCCAGUACCAGAACGAGAACUUCACCGCCUUCUCCCUCGAGGCCAUCGCCAGCGACACCGCCGAGGGGUUCAACUUCACCGUCCUCUUCUACAACAACGCGUCGUGCUCCGGGCUGGAGCAAGUGGUCGCGCGCACGCCCAGCUGCGCGCUCGGCGCCUGCUGUGCCACGGGUCAGAUCACCCUCGGCAGCAAUUGGGAGUUUCACGCAUUCAGAGUGGCCAACAUGAACUCCUGGACCUCGCCCUCGCCCACACCGAAGCCGUGCGACAGCGACGACGACAAGCCGCCGCUGUGGACCGUCAUCGUGAUGGCCGCGCUGGGCGGCUCCUCGGCCGUGUUGCUCGUCGUCGUUGUGGGGCUGGUGUGCUGUCUGGUCAAGAGAGGCCAGUACCAAACCCUCAACUGA